AUGCUCCCAUAUGUAACCCUAGAGCUUCAGGAUAUCGCCACAAUCGGUAGUGGUUCGUUUGGACGGGUAGAUUUGGCAUGGAGUAAUGUCAAAGGACAAUACUAUGCGGUGAAGAAAUGCAAUAUUCAUCAGGUAGUAGAAGAAGGACGAGUUGAGUAUGUUAAACGCGAGAAAGAACUGCUUUUCAGCAUAUCCUCGCCAUUCAUCGUCGAACUAAUUUGCGUCCAUAUGGACAGAGUCAAUCUCUACUUCGUCAUGGAAUUCGUACAUGGUGGUGAAUUAAUCAAUUAUCUUGACGAUAUCAGCGAAGAAAAUCUCAAUGAAACAGCGAGAUUUUAUGCAAUGGAAGUCGUAUGCGCAUUGCAGCACAUUCAUUCGAAGGGCAUCGCCUAUCGUGAUCUUAAGCCUGAAAAUCUACUGCUCUCCAUCGAUGGUCAUGUAAAACUAAGUGAUUUUGGCCUUGCGAAACGUCUUAGAGGGAAGACCUAUACUAUUUGUGGUACAAUGGAAUACAUGGCUCCCGAGAUCAUUAUGAAAAAAGGCUAUGGAGUAAAAGUGGACUGGUGGUCGCUAGGUAUUCUGAUAUUCGAGCUAUUCACCGGAACCCCACCGUUUUGUGGUGAUAACGAUGAGAUAUGUAAUGCCAUAUGCAACGUUUCUAUCGACAUUCCUCAAUCUGUACCCGAUAAUGUACGAACAGCCAUGUUAUCACUACUGAAUCGAGAUCCUUCACAACGUGCUCUCAAUAUCACUGACCAAAAAUGGUUCGAAAACGUUGAUUGGGAAAAGCCUCCAAUCAUCCCCGCCGAAUUUGAUGUGAACAGGAUGCCUCCUGUCGUCAAAGACACGAAUGUAAAGGAUUCGAUACAGAGAGAACGCGACUUGUUCGCUGAUUGGGACGAGAUCUUCCCAUGCGAAGCUUCUACAGCUUGA